AUGUCUUGCAAAGCCGCCGUCAAAGACAAGAAGUCGAGCUUCAGCAAGAAGCUGUUCCGGCGAGGCUCUGUCCGCUCUGUGGGCAGCUUCAUGAGCAGAGUGCUGAGGACCCUGACAGCGUUGUCACACUAUGGCUCUGAAGUGCAGGCAGAGGAGGACAAGGACGAUGGAGGAUUUACAGCUUUCAAAUCUGGAAGCAAAGAUGUGCCCAUGGACGACGGGGACCUGGCGGGUUUCCUGUCCGGGGACAGAGUUCCUGGAGUGUCGGGCCUCAAAAACCACGGGAAUACCUGCUUCAUGAACGCCAUUCUGCAGUGUCUCAGUAACACUGAGCUCUUCGCUGAGUACCUGGUUCUGGAGCACUACAAAGGAGAGGACCAGGACGAGGACAAACCAAGGACAAAUGGCCUGCUUCUGCAGAAGAAAGGUCCUCUGUCCAAAGGGGAAGUCACAGAGCAGCUGUCAGGACUGGUGCGGGCUUUGUGGACGUUUGAGUACACCCCUCAGCAUAGCAGGGACUUUAAGAACGCUGUGUCGAAAAAUGCCACCCAGUUUAAAGGGAACGCUCAGCACGAUGCCCAGGAGUUUCUGCUGUGGCUGCUGGACAGAGUGCACGAGGACCUGAACACAGUCAACCCCAGCAUCAGGCCAGCUAUAAAGCCACCUAUUGAAGAAGACGAUCAAAGCUUAGAGGGGCCAUCUCCCCCCCUCUCUGCAGGCUCCUUUGUACAGGAACUGUUUCAGGCUCAGUACAGGUCUUCUCUUACUUGCCCACAUUGCCAAAAGCAAAGCAAUACGUUUGAUCCCUUCCUGUGCAUCUCCUUACCGAUCCCACUGCCGCACACACGGCCCCUGUACGUGACGGUGGUCUACCAGGGGAAGUACUCUCACUGUAUGAGGAUCGGAGUUGCCGUUCCCCUCAACAGCACCGUGUAUCGCCUCAGAGAUGCCGUGUCACGUGAGACCAAGAUCCCAAUGGACCAGUUUGUUUUAACUGAGAUGUACUAUGACGGUUUUCAUCGUUCGUUUUGCGAUGAUGAUGAUGAUCUUGAGAUCAUUCAAGAGAGUGAUUCUAUAUUUGCCUUUGAGACACCAGAGACCUUCAAACUGGAAAACAUACGCACAAAGAGAGGAAGUCUUCUGGCAAACCUGAAUCAUAACAACUUAAAAUAUGGGACAGAAAUCAGCAGGACUCCAUCGUUCAUGCAAGGGGCAAUGACUCCGUUAACUGCUUCGCCUAAUAAAAACCUGGGACCAGAGAAGAUUAUCCUUCUGGUGUGUAACAGGGCUUGUACCGGCCACCAAGGAAAGAGAUUCGGCCUGCCGUUUGUACUGUACAUGGAGCGCACUGUGACCUGGGAUGCUCUACAGAAAGAGAUCUUGGAGAAAAUGCGUCAUCUUUUGAGGCCAGGGGUCUACAUUCAGGUUGGUCCCUUCAGUCUUCGGGUGGUCGGCGUUGUUGGUAUCACCUACCUCCUUCCCCAAGACGAGCGACCACUGUGUCACCCAACCGUGGAAAGAGCAUACAAGUCCUGUGGACAAGGGGGGCCACCACACGUGAAGAUUGUGGUCGAGUGGGACAAAGAGACCAAGGACUAUCUGUUUGGACACACCGAGGAGGAGUACAUUCCUGAUGCUGAGAGUGUGUAUCUGCACCGGGAACAGCAUCAUCAGCCUCAGGCCUGCACCCUCGCUCAGUGCUUCCAGCUCUACACUAAGGAGGAGCAGCUGGCCCCGGACGACGCCUGGCGCUGUCCCCACUGCAAGCAGCUGCAGCAGGGCCGCAUUAAGCUCAGCCUGUGGACGCUGCCCGAUGUGCUCAUACUGCAUCUCAAGAGGUUCAGACAGGAGGGGGACCGGAGGGUGAAGAUGCAGAACAUGGUGAGGUUCCCGCUGAUGGGCAUGGACAUGGCACCUCACGUGGUUAAGAGAAGCCAGAGCAGCUGGAGUUUACCCUCCCACUGGUCACCAUGGAGACGCCCGUAUGGCCUGGGGAGAAACCCCGAUGACUACCUGUAUGACCUGUACGCCGUGUGCAACCACCAUGGGAACAUGCACGGAGGCCACUACACGGCGUACUGCAAGAACUCCAUUGAUGGUCAGUGGUACUGCUUCGAUGACAGUGAGGUUUCGCCGGUAGCUGACGAUGACGUGAGUCAGCAGUCGGCCUACAUAUUGUUCUACCAGCGGAGGACGGUUAUUCCCUCCUGGUCGGCCAACAGCUCUGUUGCUGGUUCCACCAGUUCAUCCCUGUGUGACCACUGGAUCAACAGGCUACCUGGCAGCAGGCCUGCUAGCUUGGCCUCUGGAGCCUCAUCCAGACGCACCUCUCUGGCUUCGCUGGCUGAGUCCGUCGAGUUUCCAGUAGAACGCAGUGAAGACGAUGGAGGAUUCUCGGUCCGCCCUUUUGUGAGGAGCAUUCAGCGUCAGAGCGUGUCCUCCAGGUCGUCCGUCGCCAGCCCUUUAGCCUUCAACGACAGCGGGAUGAAGCCCUCUUGGUCUCUCUCUGCGAAGCUCCACAUGAGAUCCAGCUCGCCCUCCCGUUUCUCCCUCGACUCUCGAUGUUCCCCUCCCCUAGAGAGGAUAGGAGAGGCCUGCGAUGACAAAGUUUCCACUUCCUGUUUUGGCAGCUACAGUAGACAUGAACGCUACUUUGGCAGCAGGACUCCCCUGUCUAUGAUGGAGAGCAACUUCAGUGACCAGGACAACAACACAAGGUUCGUAGACAUGAUGUACUGCAGGGCUCCCGCCGCAGUGGAAAAGAAGAGCUCCAAAAGUGAGGCAACUGAAAACAACAACCAGAUAACAGCCAUAGACCAAAACAUUCUCCCCGCCCAAGCUACUCCCUCCAAAGAGCAGAAACGUAAGAGCAGUAUCGGAGGGUUUGGCUCAAAGGCAGAAAGCACGGGCUCUUCAAAGAGUUCCAGCAAAGCGGAGCAAGAGAAAACAUCCAAGAAACGUUUGUGCUCCACCCAUAAGACCUGCACCGCUGACACGUCUUCCAGCACUCCCGUGAAAGGCAAAAAGCCCAGCAAUACUAAAGAAAAGAGUGUAAACGCCAAGAAAAGCAGCUCUACACCCAGUGGGACUCCCUCCAAAACAAAGGAGGCAGCUCAACCCGUGGACGCAACGCCACAACGUAAGCCAUUAGUCCGCUCCACACCUCAGUCCUCAGCUUCUCCCUCGCCAACUGCAAAGAAGAGCUCCAGCGCGGCAGAGAAGAGCUCCGCGAGCAGUCGGAAACGUCUGGUGGAGCGGAGCUGCAGCAGAGAUUCUAUGCACACCAGCCCGCUGGUCGACGGUCUCCGCGCCAGCCUGGUAGCCCGCUCCUCGCUGUCUAAGAGCGGGGAAGGCAACAAGCCCGAGAGGAAGCCUGUGAGGAGCUCCAGCAGCAGCUCCUCCGUCACCAGCCUGCGCUCACCCAGCGUGUCCACCAGAGACCUGCAGCGCAGCAGCAAAUGUGAGGAAAAAGGGUUGUCUUUCUUCAAGAGCGCCCUCCGACAGAGGGAAAGCCGCCGGUCGGCUGAUUUGGGGAAAAGCACCCUGCUUGCCAAAAAGGCCUCAGAGAGGACAUGCAAGCAGAACGGACAAGCCAAGGACGUCGGUGGUGACGCUGGGAACGGGGACGCUGCGUCUUCACAGACCUCCACAGAGACUCAUGGAGGUGAGUCAAAGCCAGCAGUACGGGAGUCUUCCAAGCCCCCCAGCUCUCUCAGUCGCACUCUAUUAAACGUUGGCAAGUCCAAGUCUUCCACUUCCGAAGUAAGUCUCAAGUCUCCCUCUAACGGGAAGAAGCCUCUCGAGAGGAUGGCGUCUUCCCGCAAGCUGUCGUCAAGCAUGCAAUCUCCCGCACGUACAACAAAGAGGCCUCAAUGA